AUGGAGGUAGAAGAGCAGGAAGAGCCGAGGGCGGUGAGGCUAGUGCUCUGCGAAGAUGACAGCAAUGGUUUUGAUCAAUCCAUAUUAAAGUCUUUAAGGGUGCUCCAAGCUCUUAGAUAUCUAUCUCUUGAGAUAAAUGCAAUUAGCGGACAACUUUCUGACUUGGAUACGUUAGCUUUUAGAAAUUUGGAGGUCUUAAAUUUGGAGGAUAAUUUUUUGAGUGGGAGUAUUCCUCCAAGUAUACGGGCAUUACCUUCUCUCAAGGCUUUAUCUUUGGCUCGCAGUAAGAUUAAUGGCUCUUUACCUCCAGAUUUGUGUGAACUAAACAAACUUCAAGAGUUGGAUCUUAGUGAUAACAAUCUCGAAGGGACCCUUCCCCCAUGUUUGAAUAAUUUGACAAAUCUUAGGCUUCUGGAUCUCUCUAAGAAUCAAUUCAUAGGGAAACUUUCUAAAUCUCUCAUCUCUAGCCUAACAGCAAUGGAGUACAUUGAUUUUAGCAACAAUUCCUUCAAGGGCUUAUUCUCAUUCAGCUCAUUUGCAAAUCAUUCCAAGCUUGAGCUUCAACAAAAGGCACAUGCCCUGCAGCAGCUCGUUGACACUCUUCCUGAACAAUCAGUGCAUACACCUUCCUAA